UAGCACAAAAAAUAUAUAUAUAGUCAAACCUCAGCUGCCAGUUACCUUCUCAGGAUGUCUACGCCCCCGCGGGGCCGUAUUCCAGAUAUUUCCACUUCGACAUCAAUAAUCAGCAAAUGAGAUGUAAAACAUAAGACCAUGCACCUUGUACAGAGUAUAGAAAAGCUUUAUUGUACAGAGUAGCCUUUAUACAAGGAUUAGUUACAGUACAUAUUUCUACAUUCAUUUCAGCUUAGAUAUGGAACCUGUGCAGUCAGAGAUGUGCAUACAUUACGUGCAUAAAGAAGUAAAUGUGGGGGGCACAACUCUCUGUGACAGUGAUCAAUUGGCUGUCAGAUCUCUCCAUAACCCCAAAGGAUCAGGGGAAAUCUGGCAAAUGGAAGCCAGUGUGCCGGCGCUGCAAUAUAAAUGUUUUAAGCAGCUGAGAGAUGGCACGUUGGAUAACUAGGUGUGAUACUAGACGUAACAUUCCAACGCAUUCCACAAUAUUUUAUAUAUAAAACCCUGGCGCUACAAUAAGGAAAGAAUUUUCACCUUCAAAAAAAGAUUUCAAGUUCUCUCUAUAUCGGUAACUAACACUACUUCCAGGGGUGCUCUGAUAAAGGGGUGCCCAGUGGGGUGAUAUGGAGAAUUAUUAUAUCCUCAGUUACCACUCAUAUACUCGUACUCAGCAAGGAUUUUACAAUGGUCUCAGUUCAACUCUCUAUGGAAAUCAAGUUUUACCCCCAUGAAAUGACUUUUCGUAAUUUACCAAAUGUAUAUCUUGAUACUGCGUAUAUGUAGCCAGAUGUGAUGAAAUGCUAUGUGGCCGUUUUAGAAUGAAUCCUGUGGUUGAAUAGUGCAUUAGGAAUACAUCAUCCUCGUCCAAUGGGGAUUCGUACUUCCAAGAGAAUGGAAAUGUUAUCUGUCUGUAGGUACAUAUACACAUCAGAUUAAAUCAUUAAUCAUAAAGGAUCACUCAGUCCAGAGUCUAUGGCUGGGAAUCAUCGACCAAUAACACAAGCUGUGUAUUUAUAUCAUUCACUCCAAUUAUACUGUUAUUAAACUGAAAUUGGCUCCCAGAAUUCAGAAUACAAUGGGAAUAUUUUGCAGGGACUGUAUUAAAGCGGCUCUUUCACUGGUUUCAUAUUUUUAUUUGCAGUUGCUACUUUGUGUCCAUCUGGAUAGUUGUUUUUUUCACUGAAAUGACUUUGCUUUAGAAAGCUAUACAUAAUGUAAAACCAUGCAGGAAAACCUGGGACUACUUUCCCUUACGCAGAAACUACAGGUUGACAAAUGGUGGUGCUUUAAUCCUGUUUAACGUCAUUGGUUGCCAAUUCUUCUCUCCCAUUUCCAGCAUCGAGCCACCUCCCCCAGCGAUGACGUUUGCAAGAUCCUGACGAAAUAGUCACGCUCAUGCUUUUAUAAACACGCCUUGGGAAGGGAAGAAGAGAGGUCCUGCGAGUGCCAUAGAGGAUUUACCAAGAUGACAAUGCUGUGAUUGAAGACCCCAGUGGACCAGCAGGACAUAAAAAAUGGUAAUUAGCAGUAGGUCCGAGCACUGGGGUAGGGAGGCUAGGGGGCCCUAACACAGGCCACGGGGGUGAAGGAGAAACAAGUGAUGGAGCCACUUUAAUAAGAUGAUAUUGUCAUGGGCAGUACUUUACAUUGUGCUGAUCAUUUCAUUUAUACUAUUCUAUGAAUUCUAGCCCACAAUACUUUUUAUCUCAAAGCAUAAAGGGCCCUGAUCUUUGAACAGAAAAUAAUUAUAUUGUGAACUAAAACCUUUAAUUUAGACACCCAUGGUGUGCUGGGCUAUAAACCUACAGACAGAAGAUCUGAAAACAUUAUCUAGAAAGUUUGCUCCGGGUCGUCUGUAGCCUUUUUGGGGAGCACUCCUUAAAAUAAUUUAAAGGAAGCCUGUUUCUUGUAUUUCUCAGAUCUGAUUAUUGAAUAGAUGCCAAUAGGAGAAUUACUAAUCGAAUUCCAGAGUUAAGUUUCUGUUUAGCGAUAACAUCCUGUCUGAGAUACCACUGGGUAUAACACUCUGGUGGCAUUAUACUGGGUAUAAUACUCUGGUGGCAUUAUACUGGGUCUAACACUCUGGUGACAUUAUACUGGGUAUAACACUCUGGUGGCAUCAUAGUGGGUAUAACACUCUGGUGGCAUUAUACUGGGUAUAACACUCUGGUGGCAUUAUACUCCAUAUAACACUCUGGUGGCAUUAUACUGGGUAUAACACUCUGGUGGCAUUAUACUCCAUAUAACACUCUGGUGGCAUUAUACUGGGUAUAACACUCUGGUAGCAUUAUACUGGGUAUAACACUCUGGUGGCAUUAUACUGGCUAUAACACCCUGGCAUUAUAGUGGGUAUAACACUCUGGUGGCAUUAUACUGGGUAUAACACUCUGGUGGCAUUAUACUCCAUAUAACACUCUGGUACCAUUAUACUCCAUAUAACACUCUGGUGGCAUUAUACUGGGUAUAACACUCUGGUGGCAUUAUACUCCAUAUAACACUCUGGUGGCAUUAUAGUGGGUAUAACACUCUGGUAGCAUUAUACUGGGUAUAACACUCUGGUGGCAUUAUACUGGGAAUAACACUCUGGUGGCAUUAUACUGGGUAUAACACUCUGGUAGCAUUAUACUGGGUAUUACACUCUGGUGGCAUUAUACUGGGUAUAACACUCUGGUGGCAUUAUACUCCAUAUAACACUCUGGUGGCAUUAUAGUGGGUAUAACACUCUGGUGGCAUUAUACUGGGUAUAACACUCUGGUGGCAUUAUAGUGGGUAUAACACUCUGGUGGCAUUAUACUCCAUAUAACACUCUGGUGGCAUUAUACUGGGUAUAACACUCUGGUGGCAUUAUACUCCAUAUAACACUCUGGUGGCAUUAUACUCCAUAUAACACUCUGGUGGCAUUAUACUGGGUAUAACACUCUGGUGGCAUUAUACUCCAUAUAACACUCUGGUGGCAUUAUACUCCAUAUAACACUCUGGUGGCAUUAUACUUGGUAUAACACUCUGGUGGCAUUAUACUCCGUAUAACACUCUGGUGGCAUUAUCACUAAUCCCGUAAUGUCUGUAUAAUACGUCCUGCCAUCAAACAAGGCCGGCAGCCAGUAACCUGUCUUCGGUCAUUCUGUGAUUAGUAAGGCAGUAAUCCGCUGUACAGAUUCUCCAUAAACUCCAAUCACAAAAUAAAAAAUAUUCACAAUAAUAACAGUACAAUGCUUCACCCCGCAAAAUAUCUAAUAUACAGAUGGACAUAUAUGGCCCAUUAUCAGUCUUUAUUUCAGCUGUCCUCACCUGUGGACAAAACAAGCCACGGCUGUAUCCAGCAAAUACAGGAUGUAUAUACAAAGAGCCAACAAACUGGGGAACACCACGCCUGCCUGAGGAAGGGGAAGCACCAAACACUCACACCGUGAAGGGUGCACUCACACUAUUGAUGGUACACCCACAGUAUGGAUGGUACACUCACACCGAGAAGGGUACACUCACACUAUGGAUGGUGCACUCACACUGUGGAGGGUGCAAUCACACUAUGAAGGGUACACUCACACUAUGGAGGGUACAGUCACACUGUGGAGGGUACAGUCACACUGUGGAGGGUACAGUCACACUGUGGAAGAUGCACUCACACUAUGGAUGGUACACUCACAGUAUGGAUGGUACACUCACACCAUGGAUGGUGCACUCACUAUGGAGGGUGCACUCACACUGCGAAGGGUACACUCACACCAUGGAUGGUGCACUCACACUAUGGAGGGUACAGUCACACCAUGGAUGGUGCACUCACACUAGCAAGGGUACACUCACACUAUGGAGGGUGCACUCACACUAUGUAGGGGUGCACUCACACUAUGAAGGGUGCACUCAUGCUAUGGAGGGUGCACUCACACUAUGAAGGGUACACUCACACUAUGGAGGGUGCACUCACACUAUGGAGGGUGCACUCACACUAUGGAGGGUACACUCACACUAUGGUGGGUGUACUCACACUAUGGAGGGUACAAUCACACUAUGGAGGGUGCACUCACACUAUGAAGGGUACACUCACUAUUAAGGGUACACUCACACUAUGGGCGGUGCACUUGCAUCCAAAAUGCCACUCACAGACACACUCCACCACAUACACUGUCUGUCCUGAUCCACAUUUUAGAAGCAAACUGAGAUUUUUCUCCAAAUUGUUAUAGAUUAGCCUGUCUCUGAAUUUACGUGACUUGGCUAAGGAAUUCAAUAGUUAGUUGACAGGAAGCCAACUGGCUGUAGCUGUUCAGAGGUUAAUAAAGUAUCUUAAUGGUCCAUCGUGUCCUGUUCAUUAACCCUUGCACUGCUGCCCACAUUAUGGCAGAGAAAACCUUAUUUGAUGUUAUUUUUGUUGUCAUUUUGUAAUCUAAGUACUGCCUUACAUGCUGCUGUCCAAGUAUUACCCGUCAUAGCAUGGGACUCAUGGCGGCCAUGUUUUCCAGGAGUUUUCCAUUUACACUUUUUCCAAUUUAUUCACCACACUCCUUGAGAUUAACUCCUUGAUCCCUAGUUAUUCUUAGACUCCGUACGAUACCUUCUUCUUGCAUUCCUCUUUUCCAAAUUCCAAGGUGUUCCUUUGAUAUAUUGCUAUCACACUACCUUGGGUUUCCUGCUGUCACUCCCUCUCAGAUCUCAUUCUAUCCCUCUACCUCUGGUUUUCUACUAUCCAUCCCAUUUGGAUCUCCUACUAACCUUCCCCCUUCGUUCUCCUGCUACAACUCCCCCUUUCUCCUGCUUUCCAUCCUUAUCAGAUCUUUUGCAAUCCAUCCCCUUUGGAGCUUCAGCUAUUCUUACCCUCGGAUCUCCUACUGUCCCUCCCCCUCAGAUCUCCUGCUAUCCCUCUCCCUCAGAUCUUCUGCUAUCCGGCUCUUUUAGUUCUCCUGCUAUCCCGCUCUCUUAAAUCUCCUGCUAUCCAUCUACCUCAGAUUUCCUUCUGUCCUGCUGCCUCAGAUCUCCUGCUGUCCCUCGCCAUCAGAUCUCCUGCUGUCCCUUGCUGUCAGAUCUCCUGCUAUUCAUCUCCCUCAGAUUUCCUGCUAUCCCACUCCCUAAGAUCUCCUGCUAUCACAAUCUCUCAGAUCUCCUGCUGUCCCUUGCCGUCAGAUCUCCUGCUAUCCAUCUCCCUCAGAUUUCCUGCUAUCCCACUCCCUAAGAUCUCCUGCUAUCACACUCUCUCAGAUCUCCUGCUGUCCCUUGCCGUCAGAUCUCCUGCUAUCCAUCUCCCUCAGAUUUCCUGCUAUCCCAUUCCCUAAAAUCUCCUAUCACGCUCUCUCAGAUCUCCUGCUAUCCAUCUCCCUCAGAUUUCCUGCUAUCCCACUCUCUCAGAUCUCCUGCUAUCACGCUCUCUCAGAUCUCCUGCUAUCCAUCUCCCUCAGAUUUCCUGCUAUCCCACUCCCUAAGAUCUCCUGCUAUAACGCUUUCUCAGAUCUCCUCCUGUCCCUUGCCGUCAGAUCUCCUGCUGCCCAUCAGCCUUGGAUCUACUGCUAUCCCUCUCCUGCAGAUUUUCUGCUGCUCCUCUUCCUCUGCUUUUCUACUGUCACUUCUGCUGUUCAUCCCUUCCCUCCCCCC